UUCAAUGAUAAACAUUACGAAAAUCCAGAAGAAUACAAUAUUGCAAACACACGCUAAAUCCAUAAUACGUAAUUCAGGCGACAUAGCCAAAUUCAAGCAAGAUCUCAAGACUGCUAAAAAUAUAGCCUUUUUGUCCGGGGCAGGUAUCAGUUCAGAGUCUGGUAUACCGACCUUCCGCGGGCGUGGUGGUUAUUGGAGAAGGUACGCAGCUACUUCCCUGGCCACUCCUGAGGCGUUUAACGAGAACCCUAGCUUGGUGUGGGAGUUCUACCACCAUAGAAGAGAGGUGGCGGCAAAAGCUCAACCAAAUGCGGGCCACAUUGCAAUAGCUAAGUAUGAAGCCAAGAAUGGACAGGCAAAAACAAUAACCGUAGUCACUCAAAAUGUGGACGGUUUGCAUGCCCGGGCCGGAACCAAGAACUUGGUGGAACUUCAUGGCAGUUUGUUCAAGACACGAUGCACCAAGUGCAAUGAGGUGUUGGUGAAUAACGACAACCCUAUUUGUGAGGCACUAGCAAAUAAGGGAGCACCAGGAAAAGAUGUCGUGGAUUCAAACAUUCCUAUAAAAUCUCUACCACACUGCAAAAAACCUAACUGCAAUGGUCUAUUACGACCACACAUUGUGUGGUUUGGCGAGAGCUUGGAAACGGCGGUGUUUGAAAAGGCUGACGAAGCAAUGUCCAAAUGCGACGUGUGCCUCAUAAUCGGGACUUCAUCACUGGUAUACCCGGCUGCUGGCUUCGGUCCUUUAGCUUCGGCGCGCGGGGCUAUAGUAGCGGAGUUCAAUAUAGAGCCGACUAACAACAGCUUCAACUAUUACUUCGCGGGACCUAGUGCGACGACUUUACCGCAAGUGUUGAAUGAUUAGGUGCUAAACAAGACUUAUCAUUAGCCUAAAGCAGUAAGGACGAUGCAUACUUAUCAAUCCAGUAAGUAACGGAUCGUAACCGUAUCAAAUCGAAGCUGCCGUGUUUUGAUGAAACUUACUUUAUAUGAAACUUCGUACUGAACUGCAACGCACACUUAUCGCGGUUGACAGCGAGGCGAAAAGCGAUAUGGAGAUGUUCCCUCUCCGGUUUGAUAAGUGUGCUUCUCUACUUUACGAAAUGAAAAUGGAGGAUUUUGUUUACAUUUCCUACGUUUGCAAGACGGGUUGCGGAGGUCCGAUGUUCGCAUAU